GGUGCAACAGGUGAUUCAAAGAAGGUAGACUUCAUUAAAACAACAACAACACUGGUUUACUGGCCUUUUAUUCGAGGGAAGAAUAAAAAAUAACAGUGAUGCAGCUCUAACGUCCGUGGUUGGGAAUGAGGAUUUUCUAUUCGAAGAUACCGAAAAAUUUCCUCAAAAUGGAAGCAUUUAGCUUAGAGAGUACAUUAACUAUGACGUCAUCGUUUUCCAACGUUUUCCGGAGGUCUAGCUCCUGCUACAUCAAUAUCGCACUCCUGGUCCUGUUCGCCGUGACGGUGACAUCAGGUGAAAGAGGCAGACAUUCCUGGGAGGCCCCUGGCUGCCAUCUCGUUGGUCACACUAGGACAGUCAGUAUCCCGGGCUGCGUCCCCUUCGAGGUGACAACGAACGCCUGUAGGGGCUUCUGCGUGUCCUACGCCAUACCGUCUCCGCCCCAAACCUUGGCGUUCAACCCAAACUUCCUGAUCACUUCUAGAGCAGAGUGCUGUGGCUUCGUGGACACGCAUGACGUUAAUGUCUGGGUCGCUUGUGUUGACGGCUACCAGCAGAAGACUUUUAAGUCUGCUCGAAGCUGCGCCUGCUCGAUCUGUCGAAGAGAGUAGUGGUUCUUGGAUCAUUUGAUUGCCGUUCCUUCAUCUGAGAAAAGUGUAAGACCCAAGUGACAAGUUAAACUAUUGAAACACAAUGUUUUAACAUGUUGUAACUGUGCCAAUAAAACAUCUCUGGUGUGCUCUU